AUGCUAUGCGGUAUAGUACAAACGACAAACGAAUUUAACACAAAUGGAUGUCCGAACUGUCAAGGAAUAUUCGAAGAAGCUGGUGUCGGUACCAUGGAAUGUACAUCACCUUCAUUUGAAGGACUCGUAGGUAUGUGUAAACCGGGCAAAUCAUGGGUCGCGAAAUGGCUUAGUGUGGAUCCUUAUAUCCCUGGUAUGUAUGCUAUUAAAGUGGAUGGGAGAUUACCUGGCGAAGUAGUAGAGUUAUUACCUCAUUAUAAACCAAGAGAUGGUAGUCAAGUUGAAUGA